UUUGUAACGCAGACCGUUUGAACGUAGAAUAUUUUUUAAUUAAUGCAAAAGACUAAUAUUAAUAGACUUAAACAUAUUUGUUUCUAAAUUUUCUGUUUUAAUUAUCAUAUAGCAUGCUUACUAUAAUAUUUUAUUAAUUAUUUCAAUCUUCAACCAAUGUUUCACUGCAGAAAAUAUAAAAAAUACCUACGUUUAACAUAAAUGAAAUCCAAUGUAUACGUUCCGCAACUUGUGUAAUGUAUAAUUAUUUCCUUUUCCUCUCUUAUAAUUUCUGCCACAUGAUAGUUCCGCACGCAUCCCUCCGCUAGAGAAAAGUACAUUAUGCGUUGAAAUAUAAAUGACUGCAAUGUAGGUAUAAUCAACGCGUUGAAUAUACAAGUAUACAUCGCAUGAUUUUUCUUUCCUCGAAUUCUUAGGGGAGUAUUAUAAAGUCGAGGCGGAAUAAAGUACGUUAUUUUCCAUCUCUAAUAGUCUGCGAGAUUAUAUUAUUAUUAUGACAGAGACAUUGACGCUAGAAAAGAUUAUUUCCUUCUUAAAAGUAGAUCUGACAUUUGCAUGUUGUUGGCCGGUUCCAAUAAAAGCUACAAAAUCUCAAAAAAUUCGUGACAAACUAUUUCGGUUCUUAUGUUGUUUAAAUGGCAUCCUGAUGUCAAUAUUUUUAAUAUAUACAUUAAGCAACAAGUGUGAUAAUAUGAUUCUCAUAAUGAAAGUGGGUUGUGAGUUAAGCGCUUUUCUACAAAUUCCGGUACAAAUUACAUUGUUUACGUUUCAAAGUGACCGUUUACAAAUUAUAAUAUGCGAAAUGGAAGAUUAUAUUCAGCAAGCGAAAUCAGAAGAGAGGAAUGUAUUUCAACAAUAUAUUAACAAAUGUAAAUUAUUUUACGGUACAACAUUGUGUUGGAUAACCACAACCGCCACCAUAAUGAUCUUUGGACCAUUAGUGUUAUCUCAACCCUUUCCAAUCGAGGUUGAAUAUCCAUUCGCUGUGGACAAACAACCACUAAAAACUAUCAUCUACUUGCAUCAUAUAAUGGUUGUAUAUCAAAGUUGCGCACAAGUAUGUAGCAAUGUUUUUGUAGCUCUUCUGCUCUGGUUUGUAGCAGCAAGAUUCGAGAUUCUGUCUCAUAAAUUUCAAAAAAUUACAAGCAUCUCAGAAUUCAUUAACUGUGUACAGCUACAUCAACGAUUAUUACGAUAUGCAAAAGAAGUUACUAUGUCAAUUCGAUAUAUAGCAUUAUCAACAAUAGGAUUCAGUACCAUAGCAGUGGUAUUUAGCGGUCUUACCUUUUUGAGCCGACAACCUUUAACUAUAAAAACCCAAUUUUUUACCGUUGCCGCAUCCGCACUUAUAGAAGUCUUUGUCUGCGCAUGGCCAGCUGAUUAUUUAUUGAGAACGAGCAAUGAUAUUGGCCACGCUGGAUAUAAAUCUUCAUGGUACAAUCAAGAAUUAUCUUUACAAAAAAAUAUGUUAUAUAUUGUAUCGAGAUGUCAACAUCCUGUGACUCUAACUGUACCAUGUAUGCUACCGAUUCUUUCACUUAAUUAUUACGCCUCUUAUUUAUCGACCACGUUUUCCUUUUUGACAACUUUUCGAGCGAUAUUUGCCGUCGAGGAUGGGCUGAAUAUAAAUUAUGAGAAAAGCACAAGGAGAGUAGCGGUUAAAACACGUUCGUGCAAAAAUAAGUGCGACGGUUCUCUGUAUAAUAUGAAAACCGUACCGACGUUAGACCAAGUUAUUACUUUUCUGAAGAUAGAUUUAUUAUUUGCUUGUUGCUGGCCUCUACCGCGAACUGCCACAAAGGGUCAAAUUAUUCGUGAUAAAAUAUUUCGAUAUUUGUCAAUCGUGAAUGGUGCAUUCAUAGUCAUUGAGUUAAUAUAUUCAAUUAAUAAUCAUUUAGACAAUGUUUCCCUGAUUAUGCAAUUAGCUUGCGCGUUGGGCAUUUUCUGUGAAAUUCCAUUGCAGAUAUUUUUAUUCACGCAACAACAUGACCGUCUACAAAAUGUAAUUUGCGAGAUGGAAGAUUAUUAUAAACAAGCAAACGCUGAAGAAAAGGAUAUAUUUCAGCAAUACAUUAACAAAUAUAUUUUUCUUUACGGAACUACAUUGUCAUUAACUGCUGCCUCUUUAGCUGGUUCACUCAUCGUGCCAUUAAUUCAAUCCCGCAUGUUUCCGUUGGAAAUAGAAUAUCCAUUCCACGUUGACUAUCAACCGAUGAAGACAAUAAUCUACUUUCAUCAAGCUCUCGGUAUGUACCAAGUUUAUUGUCAAGUUAGCGCUAAUGUUUUUCUCGCUCUUUUGCUAUGGUUUACAACGGCUCGCUUUGAAAUAUUGGCCAACAAAUUCCGUAUAAUCACCAAAUAUUCUGACUGGAUAACAUGUAUACAAGAGCAUCAAGAAACUUUAAGAUAUGCGAAAGAAAUGAGCAAUUCUAUUGCACAUGUAAUACUAGCAUCGCUCGGUAUUAGUACAGCAGCGCUAGUAUUCGGUGGCGUUACAUUUCUCAGUCGAUUUCCGCCAUCCGUAAAAAUUCAAUAUAUAAUCAUAUGUUCCACAUCGUUGACAAAAGUACUUUUAUGCGCUUGGCCGGCUGAUCAUCUAAUGAGAACAAGUUCUAAUAUUGCUGAGGCAGCCUAUAAUUCAUUAUGGUAUAACCAAAGCAUCAAAACACGAAAGAUUAUGUUAUAUACUUUGCUCCGAUGCCAACAAGCUGUAAUUAUAUCUGUUCCUGGUUUAUUAAAAGCUUUAAGCUUUCAACAUUAUGCUUCUUAUGUUACAACGGCAUUUUCUUAUUUAACAACGUUUCGCAUAAUUCUUUCUGAGGAAACAUGAUUAAAAAAAAAAUCUAAAUUUGCUGGAACAAAACAACUGGUCUGCAUAAUUAGUAAUAUAAAAUAUAUUAGUUUA